ACCAACUCCUAGCACAAUGGCCUGCUGCGCUACAAGCUUCUGUGGCUUUCCCACUUGCUCCACUGGCGGUACCUGUGGCUCCAGCUGCUGCCAGCCAAGCUGCUGUGAGGGUGGCUAUGGCUAUGGCAUCGGGGAUGGCUGUGGCUAUGGCAUCGGGGGUGGCAUUGGCUAUGGCAUCGGGGGUGGCAUUGGCUAUGGCCAGGAGGGUAGCUAUGGAGGCGUGAGCUACCGUGUUAGAUGGUGCCGCCCAGACUGCCGCGUGGAGGGCACCUUCCUGCCCCCCUGCUGCGUGGUGAGCAGCACACCCCCAACCUGCUGCCAGCUGCACCAUGCCCAGGCCUCCUGCUGCCGCCCAUCCUACUGUGGACAGUCCUGCUGCCGCCCAGCCUGCUGCUGCUACUGCUGCCCUCCUACCUGUUAAGAGCCAGGCUGCAGAUUUUCAAUUGCCCAGACCAUGAUGUUCUUGAAUUGUGCACCUCCUUGACCAACCCUGAACCAGUAACAAAUUCUUAAACCUUUACUUCAUUGUCUAUUAUGGGGCCACAGAGUUCAGGCGCAUCACGGCCCUGUCUGAGUCUGUUCUAUAACCAAUAUCUUGACCCUCUACAGCGGACCCAGAAUGCAACGAACCGCACUCUGAUCUCCAAGUUGUUCCAGAUACACUGCUUCUGAAACUCUUGCGGGAGUGAAAAUUGUCAAACUCUUGGGGAAUCUUUUCUUAAGAGAAGACCGGAACUCUAUCUGCCUGUCCUGCUUGUUGAUCUAGUUUUAGCCUCUGUUUACUUCAAGCUUUUCAACAUCAAAGGCACCAGACUACAGACACAUCACAUUCUUCAGAUGUCAUUAGAGAAAAUGGAAGUACUUUAUGUUGACCUCAUUUGACCACUGAA